UCCUUCACCAGCAACUUCUCAGCUCUCUCUCUCUCUGCCCUCCCUCUACCUCUACCUACAAAGCUUUACGCUUCAGUGUCUUUACAGCUUCCUUUUCCUUCGUUUCGAGCCUUCAUUACCGUUUUCUUCCUGUGUUUAAAUAACUACCCAUUUGCGCACUUAGCAAAGCGUAGCCUUUUUUUUUUCUUAGUCUUCCCUGAAAUUAAAAAGUCUUCUUGCUUCUCUUCAUUUGUGAACUAACGAAUCACCAAAAUGUCACCAGAAUUCGUGUUUGAGUGUUUUCCCUUCAUUUAUCGAACUGGGUCUUCACCAUUUUUCAGUUUGGAGGUCGUUCUCUGCCUCUUUCUUUUUGUUUUCAUUUUCUCUUUCUGGUUAGCUCCAGGCGGUCUUGCUUGGGCUCUAUACAAAAUAAGGUUCAAUGUUCAAUCCCCAGUUGCUAUACCUGGUCCUUCUGGUUGGCCUGUCCUUGGUAUGGUCUUGGCUUUUACUGGUUCCUUGACUCAUAGAGUUCUUGCUAAGACCUCUCAGCAGGUCAAAUCAAAGUCUUUGAUAGCAUUUUCCGUAGGCUUUACUCGCUUCAUUAUCUCUAGCCAUCCUGAAACGGCUAGAGAGAUCUUGAACAAUUCAGCUUUCGCUGAUAGACCUGUUAAAGAAUCCGCUUAUGAGCUUUUGUUCCAUAGAGCAAUGGGCUUUGCACCUUAUGGAGAGCACUGGAGGAAUUUAAGGAGGAUCUCAGCUAUCCAUUUGUUUAGCCCUAAGAAAAUCGCUUCUUUUGGCCAGUUUAGGGCAAAGAUAGGGCAGAAAAUGGUGGCUGAGAUAAAGGGUUUACUGGAGAGAGAUGAUGAAGUUGAGGUUAGGAAGGUGUUGCACUUUGGGUCACUAAACAAUGUCAUGAAAAGUGUGUUUGGGAGGAGUUAUGAGUUCAAUGAUCACAACAAUGUUGAUGCCUGUGAACUUGAGGGUUUGGUGAGAGAAGGUUAUGAGUUACUAGGAAUUUUUAACUGGAGUGACCAUUUUCCCUUCCUGGGUUGGUUGGAUUUGCAAGGAGUGAGGAAGAGAUGUAGAAAGUUGGCCUCCAAGGUGAAUGUUUUUGUAGGGAAGAUUAUAGAGGAACACAAAUUGAGGAGGGCUGAGAAUGGAAGAGGAGGUGAUGAGAAUUCUGGUGAUUUUGUUGAUGUGUUGCUGGAUUUGAAAGAGGAGAACAGGCUCAGUGACUCUGAUAUGAUUGCUGUUUUAUGGGAAAUGAUCUUUAGGGGUACUGAUACAGUGGCAAUCCUUAUCGAGUGGAUUCUUGCAAGGAUGGUUCUACACCCAGACAUCCAAGCCAAAGCCCAGUCUGAAAUAGACACUGUCGUUGGCACUGGACGGUCAGUCUCUGAUUCUGACCUGCCUAACCUCCCCUACGUCCGUGCCAUUGUCAAAGAAACAUUACGAAUGCACCCACCAGGUCCUCUCCUCUCGUGGGCGAGGCUAGCCAUCCAUGACACCCAAAUAGGCCCCCAUUUCAUCCCUGCGGGCACCACUGCAAUGGUCAACAUGUGGUCCAUAACCCACGAUGAGCAGUUCUGGUCGGAGCCGGAGGAAUUUAAGCCGGAAAGGUUCAUGGAGGAAGAUGUUGCCAUCAUGGGAUCUGAUCUCAGGUUGGCUCCCUUUGGUUCAGGUAGAAGGGUUUGUCCUGGCAAGGCUAUGGGCUUAGCAACUGUAGAACUUUGGCUUGCUCAGCUGUUGCAAAAACUGAAGUGGGUGCCAAGUGAGUCUGAAGUCGAUUUUUCUGAAAACCUGAAGCUGUCCCUGGAGAUGAAGAACUCCUUGGUGUGCAAAGCUGUGCCUAGGGUUUCUGCUUGAUAUUUGGAUGUGUUGAUUUGGCUUGCAGUUAAUCUCCUACAUGAUUUUGGAAACCUCGGGAGUGGGGAGAUCAAGAAAGAAAAGAAGCUUGGUUUGUGGUAUUAAUUAGGUUUUUGUUCUAGGAAAUGGGUUGGUUUUCUAGUAUUUGCAGGGCUUGGAUGUAUCUGUAAAAAAAAAAAGAAGAUGCAUGUUUAAUACCUGCUACAAUAUUAGGUCUUGUCUUUGUGUUUAAUAACUUCAAGAUGUUUUAAGCAUGAAAGUUUUCCUUGCACUUGUGAACAAAUUUGCCAUAUAUCAGUGCAAUAUAUCAGUUUGUUUCUUUUGUUGUAAA